AUGCUCACGGGCGCGACGAGCGCGGAGGAGGUGCUCGAGUCGCACGCGAGCGACGCGUUGGCGCUGCUGAAAGUCUUCGACGACGCGAGCGAGACGAUCGGAAGCGAUGCGACGCGCGUGUUGGACGUCGGCAGCGGCGCGGGACUGCCGGGGAUCCCGCUCGCGAUCGCGCGACCGGGAUGGCGGUUCACGCUGUUGGACACGCUGCGAAAGCGGACGAAUUUUCUGGAGGCGACGACGCGGGAAAUCGGAUUGACGAACGUGGACGUCGUCUGGGGACGGGCGGAGGAUUUAGGACGAGAUGAGAAGUGGAGAGAGAGUUUUGACGUCGUCACGGCGCGCGCGGUGGCGGAGUUGAGGGUCUUGGCGGAGUUUUGCGUUCCGCUGGCGCGCGUCGGUGGGUAUUGGAUUUCUCCGAAAAACGCGGCGGUGGCGGAUGAGAUUCGGGACGCCGUGAACGCGGUGACGAUUUUGGGCGGUGGUGCGAUGUGCGCGGAGAGCGUGGAUUCCAUCGGACCCGACGGAAACAAGCGCACGGCGGUGGUGUGCGAGAAAUUAUCGCCGACGCCGGACAAGUAUCCGCGUCGCGCGGGCAUGGCGAAGAAGCGUCCGUUAUAG